CCGAUAGUCGUCACUCGCUUAAUAUCAUGUAUCCCGCUGUCAAAAUUUCGUAUCGUGCGUUUGGCUUGUGGUAUUUGUUACAAUAAGCCUGUUGUAUGUGACGUCAAUCAAAUUUUGUAGAAAUGGUGAAUAUAGAUACCAUACGAAAAAAUUAUCCACUGCACUGGCUCGUUUGGCAUAACAGCUAUGUAGAACUCGACAAGGAACUAUCCACAAAUCAGCAUGAUAUAGAAAAACAUGACAAUCGUGGAAGGACACCAUUAAUGCUGGCAGUAACUUUGGGUCAUACAGAUUCAGCUAUAGUGCUACUGCAUCAUGAAGCCAAUGUUAAUACAGAGAAUACUCAAGGAUGGAGUGUUGUUCAAGAAGCAGUUGGUACAGGAAAUCCUGAACUGCUGCAAAUGGUGCUAGCCCGAAGAGAUUACCAGAGAUACUGUAAUCGAGUGGCUGGUAUACCAGAAUUGCUCCAUAAACUUAAACAAGCGCCUGAUUUUUAUGUAGAAAUGAAAUGGGAAUUUACAAGUUGGGUUCCACUCGCAUCUCGGAUGUGUCCAAGUGAUACCUACAAAGUUUACAAGCAAGGUAGUAAUGUGAGGAUUGACACUACUCUAUUAGGUUUCGAUCAUGCAAAUUGGCAACGUGGAAAUCGUAGUUAUGUCUUCAAAGGACAAAACGACGGAGCGACGAUGAUGGAAGUAGACCAUGAGACAAGAAAAGUGUACGUUGAACAUAUGAAACUUAUAGGAGAUGAUAAUAUACAAUUAAUGGAACCUUCUGAGGAAGGCGUGAUAGCUCGUCUUACCAAUCCUAUAGUUACAACAUACAUAGACACGGAUAAAAUUAGUUUUGAACGCAAUAAAGCAGGUCUAUGGGGAUGGCGUUCUGACAAAAGUGAGAUAAUAAAUGGUCACGAAUGUAAAGUUUUUAGUGCGAGCAACGUGGAAUUAAUAACUAAAACUCGGUUAGAACACUUAUCCGAAGCGGAUAAAGCAAGGGCUCGAGCACCAAAAACGCCUUUACAGUCGUUUCUUGGUAUCGCAGAGCAGCAGCAAGAGAACUGCAGUGCUGUCACCACUAGUAGUGAAGAAUAUAAUAACAUAGGUAAUCCUUCCAACAUCACUGCUGAGGAAUACUUCGAUUCCAAUAUUGAUUUAAAUGGAAGGGACAUAGGUAGACCCAAGGAAGUUAAUACAAAAAUACAGAAAUUUAAGGCAACUUUAUGGUUAAGCGAGGAAUAUCCGUUAAGUCUUCAAGAACAAAUAAUGCCAAUUGUAGAUUUGAUGGCUAUAUCUAGUUCACAUUUUGCAAAAUUAAAAGAUUUUAUUCAAAUGCAACUUCCAGCCGGUUUUCCCGUUAAAAUUGAAAUUCCAUUAUUCCAUAUUCUCAACGCCAGGAUAACUUUUGGUAAUAUAUUCGGCUUAGAUCAAGAAGUGCCCCAUGUAGGUCACUUGCAAGAAACUAAUCGUAUAACUUGUUUAGUUGACGAUAUUUGUUUUGAAGCCCCCAGUGGAUAUGUCAAAUUAGGUGCGGAAGUUAGGACACAAUUUAGUAUCGAAGAAGAGGACGAUUUGUUACAGUUCGCUAUUCAGCAAAGUCUUUUGGAAGCCGGCAGCGAACGUGAUGAGGUUGAUAUAUGGGAAGCGUUAAAAGCUCAAAAGCCAUCCAGACCAACUACACCUAAUAUGAGCUCUGAAGAGGAAAGGCAACUUCAGAGGGCAAUUCAAGCUAGUUUAGUCCUAUAUCAAGAAACUACAGCAGGAUCGGCUGAAGGUACUGCGAAUUCGGCUACUGUAAACGAGAAUGAAGAUAGUGAUUCUCUUGAAGGCGCAGCGGAACAAUUGAGACUAGCGUUAAAACUUUCCGAGCAGCAGCAAAUAGAAGAAGAGCAACGGCGAUUGCUGGAAGAGGAAACGUUCCGCCAAGUGUUGGAGCUGUCUUUAACAGACAAGUAAACUUCCAGAUAGAUAGAUAGAUAGAGAGAGAGAGAGAGAGAGAGAGAGAGUGCGCGUGUGUGUAUGCGUGUGUGUGUGUGUGUGCGCGCGCGUAUGUGUGUGAAAUAGCAAUGGCAAAUAAAUUCAUUGAAGUAUA